AGUGUGGCUAUGAAUUGGGUGAGGAUGCAUUUUACAACAAGGACGGGUCAUAUUAUUGUGCCAAAGACUACCUCGACAAUUUUGGUGAACAUUGCUUCAAAUGUCGUGAAUUCCUUGAAGGAGAAGUUAUCACUGCUUUGGGAAAUACCUUCCAUCUUGACUGCUUUACAUGCGGGCACUGCAAGUAAGUGAUAAUUUGGUAAUGGGGUAUAGGGAUGGUUGAUUCCAGCUAUAGACUAAAUUUGAUCUAGGCAAGAAGAACAAAAUCCAUCCACAGCCAGAAAGAGCAUGUCAAAAUUAGUAAAAUUGAAAAGUGUAGUUGCAAAAUGUUGUACAAUGAAGAAAAUAUAGCCCUAUGAAAUUUGCAAAUUAUGUACUAAUUUGUAUUACGCGCGGGAAAAUGCACCACUUUCGGCCCGAAUGUGGUGCAUUUUCCCACGCGUAAUACAAAAAUAAUACAACAUUUGCAAAUUUUGCAGGCCUAUAUUUUCUUCAUUUUACAACAUUUUGCAACCAAACUUUGCAGUUGUACUAAUUUUAACAAUUCUUCUUGCUUAGAUCAAAGCUAGAAUCAUCUAUUGAAAAGUGUUCUGUUGUAUCUAUGCAUACAAAAUAUCACAAAGCUUACCGUAUCCCAUGGUGAUCAAAGUCAUGUGAAUGACAUUGAAGGUUAUUAAAUGUGUAAAAUAAGCAUCUACAGUACACUACUGCGGAUACACCAAAUCCCGAAUUAUCGCACCCUGUGUUGUCCAACUUAGUUUUGCAAGAAUCUCACUAGAUGGUAUUUCGCAUGAUGAAUAUCGAGUUAUUGUUCUUGCUGGCUCUAUUUUAAAGCUUUGGUAGACAGUCUUUAAGGAUGGCUGAACAAUUUUUCUAAACAAACGUACAAUAAUCAAAGUGUGGUAAAAUAAAUGCCUUGUAAUUUGUAAAUAUUCCUCAAAGGUUUCUCAAGUAAGUUUAUCUGUUCUACCAUGUGCUGUGCCUAUACUUAGUAAAUUUUGUGUUCUCUUUUAGGAAAUUCUUUCCUCCUGGCGAGACUGUUAUAUUUGACGGUCAAGAUUAUGUUUGUGAAGAUUGUGAUUAUGGUGUGGAUCCUUCAUCACGACAACCCCUGCACAGUAUGUUUCUCAAAAUUAAUACCUUAAGUUUAAAAACUUUUUGCGGAAAGGCUGCCCUUUACCGUCAUCUGUUUGUGAAAACCAUUGCAAUAGAAUUUGAAGAAGGUCAAGGUUAUCUAUUUUGGUUUUACGCUUAAUAUUCAAAAAUAUGGUAGUUUUAUGGACACGCGUUCAUACAGUAGUGUAUUACUGUAUUUUUGCCAAAUCAUCCAGCACAAACCUCGGCUUGAUAAUUCUUCAUAUGUUCAAUCUCACUCUGUCAAUAAUUGUUUUACAAUUAUUCACUUAAAAGUGUUUCGACUGCAUUUUAAUUUCACAAUCAAGUCACUAAUAAUAACUCCUACAGUAAUACUGUGACAGUAUACAUUGCUGAAGACUACAAGCUACAGUGGGGCGAUUAAAAGACUUAAAAAGAACCCAAGAAUUAGGUUAAAUAGGAAACUUUGGUAUGAAAACUAACAUCAUAUGGAGUAUAUAGUUUAUGUUUUUAUUGAAAAUUAUGCUGAUUUGAACCGUCCCAAUAAAAUAAUAAAUCUUUCCCAAUGGAGAAGUGUAGCGUACCUAAACGUUUCAUUUCAUAGGAAGAUGCGAUCACACAUUGUUGCCGUAUCACGUACAGUAUGGCUCAUUUUCGUAACGUCCGCAACGCAUGCAUUUCCUUUAAUUUAUGAGGAACGCAAAUGACAACACUUGGGAUUGUACCAGUGUCAGUUUCCUUGUACUGUAUGUACAGUACUGCAUAAAUACCAUUAUUAUCAAAAAUAUUUUUACAUUUGAAGCUGUAUUCUGAAAAAUACCCUUGUUACAGGUAUUUCGUCUGAAAUGUAACCUCCGGCAACGAAGAAAUACCCAUGCAGCACAGUUACUGUAGCUAGUUGAUAAAUUUCCUGAUGAAAGUGCUAUAUAAUUGUUAUAGAGUGUUCUGGAUGUCACAAGGAUAUUGAACAUGGUCAGGCCUUGAUGGCCUUGGAUCAGCACUGGCAUCCAAAUUGUUUUACAUGUCAGAAAUGUGGCAUUGUUCUUCACGGCGAAUACAUGGGAAAGUAAGUAACAGUGAGAUAAAGGUUUUCUGUGGACAAAAAUUUCUGGCGAAAGACUAAGUAUAUAUAAAUAAUUUAAUUUUAUAAUUCAACAGGCAGCUUUAAUAUGGCACGUAGAUAACUAGACAACAGUGCGCAUAACAAUAGGAAGUGCCGACUGAUUCAUGAUCCUCACCAUUAUUUGUGAUGAUAUAGCAUACUGUGUACAUAGAAGGAGAGCUAGAAAAGCAAGAUCAGAAAUUGACAGCUAAGAACAGAGCAUGCGUAGAAGCCUAAGUCCCUCCCCCAGAGCCAAAAAGUUAGACUAAGUUUAGUUACCUUUCACUCUCAUGCAAGGGGUUUUGUUUUUUUACUUUAAUUUCUACCUUCAAGGGAUGGAUUUGCAUUUUGUGAGAAAGAUUAUCAGACUGAGUUUGGGGUUACCUGCGCUGGUUGUCAAGGCUACAUAACCGGCAAAGUACUGCAGGUAGAUAUUAUGUUACUGUGCUUUGUAAUUACUUAACGUAAUUUUAGGUGCAGUAAGUAAAUGGGGUGUGUGUGCUAAUUAUCUUUACUUGCAGCCGAGAGCUAAGCUGAAUUACGAAGGACGCAGCACAACCUGAUCGAGGGUAGUUCGGAGGGGUAGGGUGUGCCUAGUGUCGAAGGCUUUCUAUGAAGGGCGGCUCUGGCAGCCACCUUAUGAAUCAUGUCUAAUCACAGAGCACAGCUACGGUGAAAGGAUACGUUUGGGCUUAUUCUAACCAACCCUAUCACCAUUCCCCGUGGGAGGAAACCGGUAAUUGCGUAAAUCACGGAACAAUUUACGGAAAUUUUAAAAUACCCGGAAACCUCUGCGGAGGAGUGGGGAAACCCACGAUUUUCGGUGGAGCGACGACUGACUCUUUUCACAAAAGUGUUCAUGAGUCCCCACCGAGAAUCGAACCCAUCGAUGUGAUGUAUUCCAUUCCAAUACGAUUGUCAUUUCUGCAUCCGUAUAUUUCAAUACCGGUACAAAUACUCUGUACUAUCUAUCUGAUUCUACUGUACCUCAUUCUAUCCGUAUUUCCUUCUAGGCUGGUGACAAACAUUAUCAUCCGCAAUGCUCUCGAUGUGCCAAGUGUGGUCAAAUGUUUGGCGAAGGCGAGGAGAUGUAUUUACAAGGUUUGUUGAUUUUAAUAACCCAAUUCAGAGUUUCCACUGCGUAUCCAAAUGACGCGUUUUGUGUCGGGAUAACUUGCAGACCGCCAGCAUUAAAAUAUACAUAUCAAAGUAUUCAGCCGUUCAUUCAUUAUUUGUGUUUCACUGAUAACCACAACAGAGGCCAUAAAGUAUCGCUCGGUCGCGGAGAUUAUCCGGCUCAUUCGUGAAAUUGUCCAACGUACUGUACAGUAGCAGGCCUUAAAAUAUCGGUCGGUCACGGACAUUGUCCGACCCAUUCGUGAAAUUGUCCGACGUAAAGAGGAAACCACCGGACAUUCUGUCCGACCUAAGUGAAACUGAGGUUUAUUGUUUGUCCGACUCGAGUGUAAUGGUGGCCGACCAAACUGUAGCUUUGUCCGACGUAAAUCAAAAUGUACCCUAGUCCAGGACUAGAGACUCGUAUGUUAAAUGGAGAAUUAGAGUAGUGCAUAAAAAGUGAACUGGAAAUGUUGUUUUAAAUUUUAAUUUAAUCGAGGGCGGGGCGGCGAACGAAAUGGUGAAGUGGAAAAUGGGCUUAACUUGUCGAACUCUUACUGCUGUUCUUGGCAAGCAAUAACCGAAUAACGUUAAUUUUGGCUUGGAAAUUAACGGGCCCACAACAUUUGCCGCUCAGAAUUAAUACAUUGUGCUGAUAUUAAUUUGCGUCAUUCAGACUUAUUUCCGAGACAAACUGAACUGAAGGUCAUCGGACAUCAUCAUACAUAUCAUACCCAAACUCAAAGUCAACGGACAUUUUGUCAGACGGCUCUGUAAAAGAUAUUUUAAGGCCUGUAGUACAGAGGAAACCACCGGACAUUCUGACGUCCGACCUAAGUGAAACUGAGGUUUAUUGUCCGACCCGAGUAUAUUGGAGUCCGACUGGACUGUCGCUUUGACCGAUGUGAAUCAAAGUGUACCCCAGUCCAGGAUUAGAGGCUCGUAAGUUAAAUGGACAAUCGCAGACUAAGUAAUGUAUGAAAAGUGCACCGGAAAUGUUAUUCUAAUGUAAUCAAGCGCGGGGCGGAGAGCGAAAUGGUGAAGUGGAAACUGGAAAACGGGCUCAAGUGUCGAAGUCUUUCUGCUAUAAUUGGAAAGCAAGUUAAUUUUGGCUUAGAAAUAAGUAACAUUUAGUUCAGAAGUGUUAAUCAGUAAUACAUUGUGUUGAUAUUGAUUUGUGUCAUGCAGACUUAUUUCCGUGUCAUGCUGAACUGGAGGUUAUCGGACAUCAUCAAACAUACAGUAUGUACAUCGGACAUCAUCAUACAUAUACUGUACUGUAUAUGACUCGGAAAUAAGUCUCCAUGACACAAAUCAAUAUCAGCACAACGAAUUACUGAUCAACACUUCUGAACUAAAUGUUACUUAUUUCCAAGCCAAAAAGUUAUCCGGUAUCCGGCAAAACAGUAUCCCAAGGCUGUAUUUUUAGGGUGCGCACCUCCCUUGAGAUUGUUUUGCACCUCCCCUGAUAAUUUUUGCACCUCCCCUGAAAGGUCAUGCACCUCCCCUUUGGAAAAUUUCAAUGAUAAAUCAGAGUGAAAAUUUGACAUUUUUUGGUUGCGUAGGGUCUACACUUCGUAAGAACGUUUUUCUGUAAAAUUGAAACAGUUCUAGCCAUUUAUCUUUGUGUCAAGUACCCUUUUAAUGCAAUGUUUUGAAAUAGACUUUGUAGUAAUUGUAAUGAAGGGCAAAAUUGGAUGAGUUGUACUAAUUCAUUAAUACACUGAUACAUAUGUACUGUACACUACAUGAAUAUGUCACCUCGGUGACUUUGGCGUUCCAAGCCCUAACUUUCCAUGGGGGUCGUGAGCUAGAUUGCUGCACCUCCCCUAAAUAUUUUUCCACCUCCACCACUAUUUCCACUAAAAUCCGGCAAUGCAGUAUCCGGAAGAUCCAUAGUCUUUUGUUUUAUUUUGUGCUAGGUUCUGAGAUCUGGCAUCCCGAAUGCAGUGAAAUGGUGCGAGAAAUGGAACGAGCUGAAAAGGAACGCGCUGAAAUGGAACAACGUGAAGCAGAACGCCGGGAAGUGGAGGACGAAGCAAGGAGAAGGGAAAUGGAACAGAGAGAAGCGGAAAGACAAGACGCGGAAAGACGUGAUGCGGAGAGACGGGAAGCAGAAAGACGGGAAGCGGAAAUGAGAGACACGGAACGGCGGGAAGCGGAGAGACGGGAUUCUGAAAGACGGGAUGCGGAGAGACGUGAUGGUGAAAGGCGGGAAGCGGAGAGACGUGAUGGUGAAAGGCGGGAAGCGGAGAGACGGGAUGCUGAAAGGCGGGAAGCGGAGCGUUUGGAAACCGAACAUCGCGACGCGGAGCAAAGAGAACGUGAUAGAAGAGAAAGGGAGAUUGAAGCUGAGAGGCGUGAGGCUGAGCGUCGAGAGGUGGAACAGAGAGAAAUAGAAAGACGAGAUAGAGAGAGAAGAGAAAUCGAGUACAGAGAGUCGCAGCGUCGAGACACUGAAAGAAGAGAUGCCGAGAGAAAGGUGAGUAGAGCGAUUGCCUAGGUUUUAACUCUGUUACCUCGCAGGCUCCCAUAUUUAUAUUAUAAUUGUCAACCAUCGUAUAAAAUUGGACGAAGCAACCAUUUUGGCGAUUGAUAGUCAUAAAUUCUCUCGCAAAAUGAGAGAGUCAAUUGAAAUCGAGAAGCACAGUACUAUAGAUCAGGAGGGAAAGCCAUUAGAUAGUACGUGGCGUGCUUUCUUUAAUGUGCAAAAUUAAUUUCUCUUGUCUUGGACGCGCGCGCGUUAAUUGGAAUCACUUCACUACGUUUAAAAUGACGUGGUUGAUGUGCCGUUUAAUUAGACAGAUUUAGAAAAGACGACGCGACCUCAAAGACGACGUGAAAAUGGCGUCAAAAUGGCGUGGCACAUCCAUAUAUGGACAGAACACGCAAUUUUCAUGUCGUCUUUGAGGUCGCGUCGUCUUUUCUAAAUCUGUCUAUUAAACUUCAAAUGAAGCGAGCCAACAGAUCACGACACUUUUUUAUAUAAAAAGGGCGUGUGAAUUGAACAAGUCACAUAUUAUUAGCACUAAUGAAGAUCCGGGCUUACGGAUCGAAAGCUUUGCAGUAAUAAAUUUACGUGGUGUUUGUGUUUCCACAAACAAAACUAUUAUAUGUUUUAUCGCCAUGCAAACAUACAAAGAACUUAGAUGUGUAACUUCAGUAAAAAAGUUAUCGCACGUUCGCCAUCUUCCUAGUGUCGCUCGCGUGAUAAUUCGUCAUUUGGUAAUACGUCUUGCUUUCAAAAAUGCUUUCAACACCUUUUCAACAACUUUAAUUGCUUUCAGUAACUUUAAAUAUUCAACAUUGAUUGUUUAAUCCAAAAAUUUCGAUCCAAAAAGGCCUUAGGACGCCAUUUUGCUAUAGCAAGUGUCAUGGCGUGAGCAUGACGUGUAUACAGUAUUUAGGGAAAUUUGAGGACAUGGUAUAUUCUUAAUCUGUGUCCUGGUUAGGUUUGAAAGUUGUAUAUACAAUCAGUUUCAAAAGUCUUGGGACAAAUGCCACAAAACCUUUGAAUUUCAACAAACGUCAAUCCCCCCGCCCCCUGGUCAAUGAUUUGUCCCAUUUCUCGUCAGGUUUGAUGUGUUUUGGUUUAAGCAACAUUGAUUGGGGGGAGGGGAGGGGAGCGGAGCGGAGCGGUAUUGUGUGUAAAAAACUGUAAUGAAUCCACUUACAAGCUAACACUACAUGUGUCCCAACAACUUCUGAAAGUGAUUGUAGCUACACUGUAAUCUUUCGCUCGAAAUUCCCAUCUACAAAAGCCCUUAGUAUUAUCACAGAUGAAGUAUAUACCAGAUGUGCAACUUACUGUAAUAGGAUUUCGUGUCCUCAAAUUUCCCCAAUUCCCUAGAUGUACACGUCAUGCUCACGCCAUGGCACUUGCUAGCAAAAUGGCGUGCGCAUUUUUUGGAUCAAAAUUUAUGGAAAGUUGAAGAAAAUGUGUUGAAAGUAUUUUUGAAAGCAAUGACGUAUUGCCAAAUGACGAAUUAUCACGCGAGCGACACUUGUUAGGAAGAUGGCGACCGUGGGACAACUUUUUUACUGAAGUUAUACAUCUGUCCUUACUUAAUCUGUGGUAUUAACGAGCGAGAAUGCGAGAUGCCCAAAAUCUUGAAGAAUGUUAUUGUGUGUCUGCUCUUGAAUAAUACUGUAUAUUGUGUUAAUUGUGUGUCUGUGUGUUAUACAUUUUGGUUGAACAAUUACUAUCUUGUUUUAGAGAGAAUAUUACCAACAAGGCCAAGCUGGGCAGCAAGUUGAUGUUGGUAAGUGUAAACGAUCUAUGAAAUACAGUACUGACUACUGUAGUUAGAAUAUUUAUUAUUAGCAUGACAAAAUUACUGGAUGCUGAUUGGUUGAGAGCCAUGAGAGGAGUACAAUUAUUUCAUUAAUUGUACUGCAGUACAAUUAAUGAUUUUCCCAAAACAAACAAAAUGGCGGAAAGGUAUUAUAAACACAAGCGUGAAAUGAAAUUGCCGUGGAGGAACUAGAUGAAAAUACGAACAAAAGCACCAAAUUUUGCUUGAACAAAAGAACUAAAUGAAAAUACAAACAAAAGCAUCAAAUUUUGGUUGAAAGUCUGGCAGGACUGGGCUUUGGCGAGAGGAUAUGAUGUUGACAUUGAGAAGUACGUACCCAAUUUUGUCAUGCUAAUAAUAAACAAGCAAUCAUGCGAUGUUGCUCGUACAAUUAGGGAUUAAUAGUACUCGUGAUGUUUGGCAAAAUUUCCAAACAUCACUCGUAGGCUACUAUUAAUCCCUAAUUGUACUCGCCAUCGCAUGAUUACCUAUACAAACAAAAAGUUCUUAACUAUUUCUCGAGGAAACAGACACUUAGUGUUUUGUUAUUUAACGAAGAAAGAAAAAUCAACAUUUGUAUUUCAUGACAAAAACUCUAUAGUGUAAACGCGAGUUUAAAAUUUAAGAACCUAUACUUAAACGUUGUCAGCAGCAUAUUUUUGAUUGCCGCUCAAAGGCUUAUUGCAGUGAUGCAUGGAUACGGACUGUUCCCAUCGCCGCAUAUUAUAUUUAAGUGUGAAAAAAAUUCCCACCACGAGUGCCUCUUGAUAUAUUAACUGCUUACUGCUGUUUUCCCAAAAAGUAUCUGGGAGAUAUGAAAAUAACAUACGUGAAUACCUCUACAAAUCUUCAGGUGGAUUUAUCUUUAUAAAACGACCCAUGAGUCUGCAUGUUUUAUAUCUUCGCCUGUUGAUCUUGUAUUAAAAGUGUUUAAACAGGGAUUACUUUUAAAAUACGUGCUGAAUACCAAGGUUGUAGACACACUUCUCUGUUGAUACGGCUGACAUGAUAUAGUGCGGUGUUUUAACUAUGGCACCAGAGAGAGUCUGUGUUGUGGCAUACAUUGUUCAUGUAUAUGGUAAUGUACAGUAUAUUCUAGUUAUUAUACAGUAUUUUUGUUAUUCUGAGAAACAUUUGUCUGUUGAGUGAAAUACUUUGGAGUGUAUAGUACAUUAAAAGACACUAUAUAUAGCUGGCUGUGGCACGUCUAGACAUACAAUUUGAAGCUGGAAAUCUAUAAGAAAACGAUGUUUGCGACGCCUUGUGAAUUUGUUGGAAAACAUUUUUGCUUCUCGUGGAAAAGGAGUUUUACGAGUGAAGGCAGACAAGAAACGUGAAAGGAAACAUCGCGAAUUUCAAAUCAGAUGUUUCUACAUCAAUGUUUCCUAGUUGCAAUACGGAAAUUUAAAUACGAGUUAAGAAUUUAAAAGAAAAUGGAAACAACACUCUCAGUGCCAGUGGAAAUAAAUUUGUUAUAAUAACCAAUAAAUUUGUUGACUAAGACUCAAAAUGAAUCUGAGACAACCAAAUUUAUUGGUUGUUUUAAUUAAACAAUUUGUUUUUACAUGCAGUGAAACAGUUUGUUCGUUUUGUUUGAAAGAAUGUUUAGAAGAGUUGCUUAUAGAACUUUUAGAAAUACUCCGUAAUUUUCUUACAGUAAUUUUUCAGGUAUUUGUGAUCUCCUGCGAACUUCCAUAUUGUUUAAUAAUAAUUAUAGGUCUAAUAAUUAAAUGCCAUCACAACCAGUGUACAGUAUAUAGACGUUAUAAAAAUAGCUGAAAUAUCUGUGGAAAACUUGUAUUAAUUGAUGUCCCCUAUUAAUGAAACCUUCGGUUUUGCAAUGUAAAAUGUUGUAAAUAUUAAGGAAAUUUAAAUGUCAACUGUUAAAAUUCGCAUUACCAAGCAAAAACAGUUAGUUUGUUGAGAGACGGAGCUAGUUCGUAAUAAGAGUUAUUAUAUUUAUAUCCUUGUUAGCAAAUAUUUAUAUUGUAGUCAAGCUUUUACCUCCGUUCUGAUUGGCUAAAAGGAGUGCAAUAUUAUCGAAAUACAGUUAAAAUAACAACAACAAAUACUUGGACAGCGCCAAAAUAUUUAGAAAUACUUGGAAAGCGGUAAAAUGACUUCUGACACUUGUAUUAAGAACUUGUUGUGCCAUUUAAAUCAGUGAGUAAAUGGUUUAUUUCUCAUGUGUUUCGCGUGCGUGGAAGUGACCAUGAAAUUUCGUCUGUAAAAUUCUUUCAUGUAUAUUAAUUAUUAUUAAUGAGUAAUGGAUAAGUAUGGUUUCUCAUGCAAUUUAGAAAACAAACACUAGUGAGUUUUUGAAAGACUUCAGAUAACUCGUCCUUCGGACUCGUGCAAUUUUGAUCGUCUUUGAAAAACUCACUCGUGCAUGUCUUUCCAAAUUGCGCUCGAAACCAUCUUCACAGUAGACGACGUCUACACAGUAGACGACGAUUUCUAAGGAAUAUUCUAGUUUUUAAAAUUGUCAAUAAUAUGGACAUUCCUAAGUAUCUUAACAAUUAUCUGGUCUUAAGAAGCUCAUUAAGAGAAAAAUCCCUCCGUGAUCAAACUUUGAUAGAUAUACCUAGAGUAAACACCUCACUAGGGCAAACUAUGUUUAAAGUUCCAGCAGCACGUGAUUGGAACUUGCUACCGAAAUGUAUCAGAGAUAUUAAAGUUCUCGGCAGCUUUAAAAACAAUGCUUUUAAACAUUUUUUAGAAUUAGACAAUUCUACACAUAGGUGUAGUUUGUAAUUUUUACUGAUUAUUGUAAUGUUGUAUAUAAACGUAUAUAUAUGUAAGUAUUUCAUAACUGUAAAUACUGUUCACCCGGGUAAGACCAGCUUUAAUUAGCUGAAAGAGUCUCACAGUUUAAAUAAAGAUUAUUAUUAUUAUUAUUACUAUUACUACGUAUACAAAUAAACUUCUAUACUUCUAUUCAGGCACGUUACAGCUUAAACGAAGUGGAAAAUUUUUCUAUACCAUGAUCAAUUGAAUGGGACAAAUUUGGUUUUAUCACUAAUUUCGUUUUGCGUUCUUGUUUAGGUCGCAAGCCGUCUCCUGAUUUCGACGACUUACCACCACCACCGAGACCAGAGGAGUUGCCCAAAGGUAGGAACUAUCUUCACAGUAAAUGGUACCCAUUUGUUCUGGUAUGAUAAUAGACAUGGGUGGAAAAAAGUAUCGGACCAUUGGUCUCAGGAAAUGUUCGAGUCGUCAGAAAAUAUUUCCCAAAAAACGGAAAAAAAAUUGUAAUAAUUUAGAUAAAAGGAGAAAUUGAGAGAAAAAUCGAACCAAUAGAAAGAAUGUUACAUGUACUGUAGGCUUGACCUGAGAAAUGCAAUUAUCUAAUCCAUCUUAACAGUGCGAUAGUGUAUAAAUCUAUAGACUAUAUGAAUGAUGUAACAAAUGUUGUGUGGCACAUGCAUUUUUAGCCAAUCUGGGACACCUGAUUUUCAAAAUUUUCUGGGGGAGCAUGGUCCCCCUGGAUAGUUCCCUCUGGAGUACCCUUUUUGGGUGUCUGUAUUUAGCUUAGGAUCCGAUCCUUGAUGUAUGUUAUCUAAAUUAGUUUUGUGUUGUAUUCCAGAAAGUAUUAUUAAGAUUUUCGGUGUACUGAAAUACUUUUUUUCUGUUAGAAUAUAGCAUGACAUCCAGUUUGACAAGUUGUUAGAGUCAUACAGUUACAGUGUUCGAGUGUCAAUUUACUUGAUUAUAUUUGCAGCAAAUUGUCAGUGUCUCUUGCGGUCCGAGAAAGUAAAAUAUUUUGUUAUCCCUGCAUGAUUAUAGAUCAGUGAGUUUCGUCACAUGUUACUGCAGCAUUACGUAGAAUUCGCGGUCAUAUCAGAGAGUAGGGAGGGACAUUGAGAUAUUUUUUUUCCGUCCGAACAUGAAACCGUAACCGCGUGACUAUGAGUUAUGUUUAGCGGUUGCCUUUGCCUUUAUAUCUUGCAUGUUUUUCACAGCUGGAUAUAUUUUAGUGAGUUUGAAGAUCAUUAGACGUUUCAUACGGUUUGCAGGCGCCGAAAUUCAAGUGCCUACUUGUGCUACUCGUGUAUUACUACUACAUGAUAGUUGAUCUAUACUUUACAACCAAACGACAAUCCGACAUGCUCAUAUUUCGCAACAUGAAAUAAUUACGGAUCACUUUUACCAAUUUCAACAAACUAGUUUUUUCAGUAGUAGGAGGGAAUUCUAAGUAGGAGGGAAUUCUCUCUGUUGUAAGUAACAAGACUCUAUUUUAUGAACCUAUACACGACUUUACAUAAAUAAUGAAGCCGUGUUCGUUUUACCUUGCCGUAUUUUUCGAAUUUCAACAAGCCCUUUUAGCUAAGGCCUUGGUGUAGCGAGCAAAAAGGCCAAUAAACUAACCCUCCCUCUCUUAGAAAAAAGAAAUGCUGACGCUUCAAGCAUUGGGAUGCUACUCUGGUGUAACAGAUCGUGCGCAUUGCUGACUGUUGCAUAGAUACGUAGAGUAUCAGCCUCUGCAUCAACGAAUGUUUGACAUUCAAUUUUUUCGUUUGUAGGUCCUCCUGCUCCGCCAACUCGCACUGACAGUCGCGCGAAGGACUGGAAAGCGCGUUAUGGAUCGCUGCCAAGAAGUGGGUCCGGAUCUGUGAACGGCGACGCACCUGAAGCACAGAUGAGGGUGAGUGAUGUUAAUCAUAUAAGCUCUGUUUAAGCCUGGUUCACAUAAAAUCGUUAAGCAGUCGCAGACUGUCGCAGACAUGUGCCGAAUUUUUAUAUGAACGAUCUGCGACGGAUCGGGGAAAGUUGAACCAAGUUCAACUUUCCCGGUCCGUCGCCGAUCCGGUCCCAGACAGUCUGCGCGAAUCUGCGUUUGUGUUCAUAUAAAAAUUCGGCACAUGUCUGCGACUGUCUGCGACUGCUUAACGAUUUUAUGUGAACCAGGCCUUAGCAACAGAUCUCUACAGGGCCGCAGAGAGGGAGGUCAGGAGGGCAUUUCCCCGCAGUGGUUUAAUUAACUGAUAUAGCGAUACAAUCUGUGGAGAAAAUUGGAUUUAGUAGUAUGCAAAUUGUUUACAACACUGCUACGCACUGACGCCAGUCUCCGCUACGUGCACCUUGCCGUCCUUGGCUCAUAAGCCGAAUGACUGAAGUUCUUACUGCAAAUAAUAGAGGUCACUGCAGGAACAAACGAACGAACGAACGAACGAAUAAUUUGAAAAUGCUUUGGUGUCGCGACAAUGACUUUUGGCAUAACAAAAAAUAUUCGGUGGUUCUGGUUUCCCGACCAGCCGACCCUAACGUUGUUUCGAUGCGGUUGCGUCUGGUUGCCCCAUUCGACCCCCAUUUUUUCGGGUCAUUGCGAGCUGCUCGUCUUGGAAUGUUUUAUUGUUCGAAAUAUGUGCUCGGACCGGCUUUGUUUUGCUCGACGUCGAAGAUAAUGUUUUUGUAGAAAAUAAAUGUAUUUUACAAUCCGAGAUAUGAUGGUCUGGAAACUCAACAUUGUGUUAUGGUUUUGUCGGAGCUGAUGUUAAUUUUUCUAUUGAAAAUAUUGAUUUUUGUUGCAUGAAAUUGAGACUGCUAGCGCUUUCGAGCUGAGGUUUAUCUACCUUCCCACAAAGUAAGAAAAACAACGCAAAAAAAUGAACCUAAUUUCAAACAAAGUUAGCGAACUGACCGAUUGCUUGAAAAUAGAUUUAGCGAUUAUUAACUUCUUAUUAACCGAACGCGAGGUCUAUACAGUGAAAUAUCGGACCGAGGUCUUUUUUGAACAGACCGAGCCCACAGGGCGAGGUGUUUUCAAAAAGACCGAGGUCCGAUAUUUCUCUGUACAUAACGAGCAAGCGAGGUUAAUAAAAAGUUUAUUAUAUGGCAUUUAUAGGCAUUUAUACUUGAAACCAACAAGAAAUGCAUGAUUUGAAAUGCAUACUAGUAGCGUAGUACACAUUUGGUCGAAGAAAAAAAAAUACCAAUGUAUUCCUUAAAUUAAAUCAAAUUUUCAAUUAGUUUUGCUGUUUUAUUUUUAAAAUGCAUCGUUUGUUUUUACCUAAUGGAAAUAAUGGAAAAAAGUGCUUCUCAGCAAGUCACAGUCCGCCAUUUCACCGGAAGUGAUACUUGCCAUAUAAUAAGUACAUGUAUUCUUCUUUGUUAUAGAAUGGUCCAUCUCGACCAAGACCGUAUUCUUAUCAUGAAUCAAGCUACAGUA